AGUGAUAAACCUAAUAAACACUACCUCUACGUACAUGCUGCGAACACAUUAUGACAAUUACCAUCAUGCCUUUAAGGAUGUCACACAAAUGGCCUAAAUCUUGUGGAUUUGAUAUAUUUGGUGAAGGUCCAUCAUAUAUUUUAAGUGUAGCCAAAGGAAGCAUUGCCUACAAUGCUGGCCUCUCCCCAGGAGAUGAAAUCAUCGAAUUAGAUGGAGAAGAUGUCACGAAUGCUUCGGCUACGACUCUCAAGUCCCUGGCUAAGCACAGUCGGUCACAGCCCCCCGUCUUGGGAGUGGUAACGAGACUACAGCAGGUAGAGUUAGUGUGCACCAGAGUUUCAGGAUGUGGAUUUGAUGUUCAAGGAAAUAAACCUGUCCGAGUGAAAAAUGUGGAAUUAUCAGGGCCAGCUCAUCAAGCCGGCAUCAAACCAGGUGAUGUCCUUUUGGAAAUCAAUGGUUUUUCAAUCAGGAAACAAGAGGACAUUAGGCCUUUCCUAACUGGAAGACUAAGACGUCUCUCCAUCAGCAUUAUACCAACAGGUAGAAGGAAAGAAUAUAAACGGGUAGCCAGAAGGAAUGUCCAGGCUCAAAAUUCGGCUGGAGAGUGGGGGAGAGUCAAAAGAGCCAAGGCCCUUCAUGAUAGGAUGAACGAGAUUCUAGGGAAUGACUACGAGAAGAAAAUGGCGGUGGUCAGUGUGUUAAAACAGUACGCGGAGGACCGGGAUGUGGACAUGCUGGCCCGAGCUCUGGCCGCCAUUCUCAAGACCCCCAGACAGACAGGGAUAAUACAGCAAAUCAGGCAAUUUAUUCCUCCCAAGCAAAGAGCAAGAUUUGAUGAAUUCCAUAAAUAUCAAAGAGCAAAUAUGAUCAAUUUUGAUGAAGAGGCCUCCAAAUUUGAUCAUGCUCACACAGACAGAAGAGUAAUCCAAGUCUUUCGAGAGGGAGGUAGCUUUGGCUUUGUGAUAAAGGGAAACAACCCUGUGUGUAUUGAGUCGGUGGACCCUAUGGGACCGGCUGAUAAGGCGGGGCUUCGGGCCGGGGACGUGAUUCUGAAGCUCAAUAACAUCGAUGUCAGGAGGUGUACACAUGCACACUUGGUACAGUUACUUCAGGACAGUGGAUCGUCCCCAGAGAUUGAGGUUCUCAGAACUCAGAGAAAUGAAGGUCUGAGUACACUCAGUAUGUCCACAAUGUCUCUCUCCUCCAUCUCGAGCCACGCCUCCUCUCAGUGGAUGAAAGCAGACGGCAAAGAAAUGAUUGACAGCAGCGGAAAGUCCUUCAAAAACCAUGCCGAAUAUUUGCUGACAUCCAAGGAGAGAUCUCACAUGAGAAAAGCAAUGAUACAGUAUGAUACAUCCAGAAAUGUAGUGGAUUUCUACCACCAAAUCUCCAUGAUACUGGACACACAGUCAAAGAAGACACUGUGGAAGUUUAUCCUCAUGAAGUUGACUCCUCCUCACCAAGAGUACUGUCUGAAUAAAAUCAACUUAUCUGAGGAGAUCUUACUGGAGGUAGCAGCACUUCCUAGACAUAUUGAAAGAGCUGAUGGCAAGAAAAAUUCCAGGCCUUCCACACCUAAACCACAACCAUCCUCAUUCCAGCAGCAGUGUGAUUACUUGUUGACUUCAAGGGAGAGAACUCACCUGAAGAGGUCACUUAGAGUGUAUGCUCACAACAGAAAUGUGGAGAGUCUGAUCCAAUCAUUGGAGGGGAUUCUGGACACGCCCUCUAAACACACCCUGUGGAUGUACAUCACCCCGCUCCUGAUAACAGAGCAUCAGAACUACACCAGGGAGAGGCUCAGCAUACAAACCAAUAACAAAAAUUCUUUCAAACCAGGAACCUCAGGAAGUCAUCUAGGAUCAACAAGGAGCAGAGUGUUAGGAAAUAUUGAAGAAGAUUUUAAAUAUGUAGGAGCAGCUGCAAAUGCACUGAGAAGAGGCAAAGGGAGAUCAAACUGGUCCACAUACUCAUCAGAUGAGGAGGAUUUGAGGGACAGAAGUAUAAGGUCAGGGGUCAGAAAGGCCAGAGGUCGUUUGUGGAAGAAGAUGCAUCCUGGGUACACCUACUCUUCAGAUGACAUAGAUCUUAUUGGGAAGCAUGGUUAUGAUUUUGAAAGAAAAAGAGUUGGCAAUGGGAAAGGUUAUGACUUUGCUUUAAUGAAAGAACUGGAGGAAACCAGAAAGGCAGUGCAGGAAGCCAAGAAAGCAUUCCAGAUUAACAGGGGAUCAGAAUCAGAGGAAGACAUCCAUUCAGCCACUAAAUAUGUGACAGUUAUCCCGAUUCCUCAGUUUGAGCAUUCACCUUUGAGUUGUCAUGAGAGCCCCAUUCUGAAUGGACAUGUCCACUCAACCAGCCUUCCUAAUGGUCUCAAUGAACCCCCAGAAAUCAUCUUCACCAGCGAGUCUGAUAGUGAAGUGGAAAUUCAGCGAACUUUGCCCAAGUCCUUGUUUUCUGUGAAUUCCAUGGAUUCCUUCAACACCAGGGCACUGACGGCCCUGAAGGAACUGGAUGCAGCCAUGGCAGCAGAGGCUUCAGAUCUAGAGUUACGUCCCCUUGGGAUGAAGAAGAAUGGGAGUGUACUGCCCACAUCCUCUCAGUCCCAGUCGUCCACUAAUGAGGACACAGAUCCAGAUACAGACCAAAUGGCAGUACCUCCACCUCCAGCUCCCCCUCCCCCACCUCCACCCCCGCCCCCUUCUCUAGCAACAGAUGUGGGCAUGUCAUCUCAUCAAGUCAAUGUAAAGAGAAUAAACUGGGAAAAGAUUGGUGCCGAUAAAGUGGAAAAUACUAUCUGGGAACAGCUAGGAAAUGAUGACUUGGAUGAUGUCAUCAAAUAUCUGGAAUUAGAAAAUCACUUCAGUAUCCAAAACAAAAGAGCAAAGGUGCCAGAGAAAAGAAAUGAGAUUUACAUUCUAAAUCCCAAAAAGGCUUACAACAUUUCAGUCGUUAACCUUUCUAAUUAUCAACUAAGUCAACAAGAGAUAUCAGUUUUAUCCAAAGGCCUAUCUUUCUGCCCAACUCCAAAAUCUCCAGACCAAUCAACGAUCUUAAGAGACAUUUUUAUUUUUAACCGCCGCCUCAGAUUAAAUGUACACUUUAAAAAUCAAACUGAUAACAACAAUCCUAAUCCAUUUCACAUUCCAUCAGGAUGGACCCCUCCGAGUGGAAAAAACAUUUUCUUAGACUCAUUCAUCAACAUACUCACCCACCAAUGCACCCAAACGAAUGAAAACCGGAUCCCCUACCGCAACCUCACUAGUGAAGAAUUCCAAGCCUUAUCUAACCUCAAAAAUAAUCAAAACAUCAUCAUAAAACCCGCAGACAAAGGUGGAGCAAUAGUCAUUUUAAAUCGUGAAGAUUAUAUCUCAGAAGCUCACAGACAACUAAACAACCAAGAAAACUACACACUGUUGGAAACGGAUUUCACUCCAAAAAUUACUAAAACCAUCAAUGAGUUCAUACAAAGAGUCAAACAUUUGUUACCACCCGAAAUAUUCAGAUACAACAAACUUCAAAUAAACCAGAUACGUACUCCAAUCUUCUAUAUGCUUCCAAAAAUACACAAAGCUGGCAAUCCAGGCCGACCUAUAGUAUCCGCAGUUGGCGGACCAACCGAAAAAUUAUCAGCCACAGUCGAUUUUUUCCUUAAACCACUCGCUCAAAACGUAAAUUCAUACAUAAAAGACACGAACGAUUUCCUAUUAAAACUCCAAAAAUUAAAAAAAGUUCCAAGAAACAGCAUUUUAGUCACAGCAGAUGUCUCUUCCCUCUACACAUCUAUCCCACAUCGCGAUGGCAUAUUAGCAUGCAAAGAAACAUUGGAAACAAGAGAAAAUCCCACAAUACCCACAUGGAUUAUACUCCGCUUCUUACACCUCAUUUUAACUAAAACAUGCUUCGAAUUUAAUGGUAACCACUAUUUACAAACCCAGGGAACAAGUAUGGGAACAAAAUGCGCACCAAACUAUGCGAUUAUAUUUAUGGACCGCCUAGAAACUGAAUUUCUCCGACAAUCAGAAGUGAAACCGCUAAUUUGGUGGAGAUACAUAGAUGAUAUUUUCUUUAUUUGGACGGAAACUAGCGAGGAUCUGCAUGCCUUCAUGUCCCGUCUAAACGAAUUCCAUCGUACAAUCAAAUUCACCUAUGAACACUCAACAGAAGAAAUCAAUUUCCUUGACACUACCGUGCGGAUUAAUAACCUAGGAGAACGAUCUACCACCUUAUACACGAAACCCACCGAUGCCCACCUAUUUUUACACUAUAACUCUAACCACCCGAAACACAUGUUGAGAAGUAUACCAUUCAGCCAAGCAUUAAGGAUCAGACGAAUAUGCUCAUCGGACAACGAUUUUGAAGCACACGCAAUAAUAAUGAAGGAACAUUUUUUAGCCAGAAACUAUCCAUCGUCAAUGCUUGAAAAAGCUAUAGAUAAAGCCAGAAAACUCAACCGCAACAAUCUGCUCACGGAGAAUAAAAAUAAAACACACGAAAAACGAGUAAUCCCACUAGUUACAACAUUCAACAGACUUAAUCCAGAAUUUAGAUCAAUUAUCAAUAAAUACAAGACGAUCCUAGAACAAUCCCCAGACACAAAAGAAUUAAUGGAGAGAAUAAUCAUAGCCUAUAAAAGACCUCCAAAUUUAAGAA